AGAGAGAGAGAUUUAGGACCUGAGCUUGGAUUAGUUUGAACUGCUGAAGAAACGUUGGAUUUCUAUCAGGGACGGAAUUCAUAGAAGUUAUUACGAGCUGUUUUUGUUGUUUUUUUAAACACAUUGAGCAAGAUUAUGGAGUUUAAAGUGGACGUGGCGCGCGCUCCAUUCAUUAGGCUUGACUCUUGGACGGAUUUAGCAUGUUAGCAUCGCAGCUCGUAGUUGUAUAUAGGAGUCUACACAUAGAAUGUAAAAGGAAAAGGUGUUCAAGUUUAAAUUUGUUUUAAGUUUUGUUGUUGUUUCCUAAACUGAAAAUGACGUGUUUUGUGAAUUAAGUUUGAGAAAAAAGCUUUACGGUUGCGUGCGCGCGCGGGGAAAACGACCCGCGACGCUGCAGGAGCUCGAGACAGUAACAGUUUCCUCUCUGCGCACAACUUUUUAAAGCAUUCCGUAAACUCAUGAGCUCAGAGGAGCUUAAACACCCGGACAUCCUUUCACCUUGGUGUAAAAUGGCUGAUGACAACGACUUAAUAGGAGCGUCUGAGUUUAUUAAAGAUCGGCUUUAUUUUGCCACACUGAGAAGCAAACCAAAGAGCACAGCAAACACACACUAUUUCUGCACAGAUGAUGAGUUUGUGUAUGAAAACUUUUAUGCAGAUUUUGGACCUCUUAACCUUGCCAUGCUGUAUAGGUACUGCUGUAAACUCAACAAAAAGUUAAAGUCUUUCACACUGACCAGAAAGAGGAUUGUGCACUACACCAGCUUUGACCAGCGCAAGAGAGCAAAUGCUGCUGUCCUCAUCGGUGCCUAUGCUGUGAUUUACCUGAAGAAAACCCCAGAGGAAGCGUACCGAGCUUUAAUCUCCGGCUCUAAUGCCUCUUACCUGCCGUUCAGGGAUGCAUCGUUUGGAAAUUGUACAUACAACCUGACCGUUCUCGACUGUUUGCAUGGAAUCAGGAAGGCGCUGCAGCAUGGCUUCUUGAACUUUGAGACGUUUGAUGUGACCGAGUAUGAGCAUUAUGAGCGCGUAGAGAACGGAGACUUCAACUGGAUUGUUCGCGGCAGAUUUCUGGCCUUUAGCGGGCCGCACCCAAAGAGUAAAGUAGAAAAUGGUUAUCCUCUUCAUGCCCCAGAGGCCUACUUUCCCUACUUUCGCAAGCACAACGUCACCACCAUCAUUCGCCUCAACAAGAAGAUCUACGAUGCCAAGCGCUUCACAGAUGCCGGCUUUGACCACUAUGACCUGUUCUUCGUGGAUGGCAGCACGCCCAGUGACGUCAUCAUGCGCCGCUUCCUGCAUAUCUGCGAGACCACGGAUGGUGCUGUUGCUGUCCACUGCAAAGCCGGGUUGGGCCGGACAGGCACGCUGAUUGGCUGCUACCUGAUGAAGCAUUACCAGUUUACUGCAGCUGAAACCAUCGCCUGGAUCCGCAUCUGUAGACCCGGCUCCAUAAUCGGACCCCAGCAACACUUCCUAGAGGAGAAGCAGACGAAUCUGUGGGCUCAGGGAGACGUGCUUCGCUCUAAGCAGCAGAAAUCGCGGGGUUAUGAGGAAAGCAACGUUCCUCGCCUCAUCUCUAGCAUGGAUGACCUGACUAUCAGCAGCGGUUUCUUUAGAUCUAGCAGCAUGGAAGAGAACAGUGAAUACAGUGAAAACGUUCUCGGUAUGACUCAAGGAGACAAACUACGUGCCUUAAAGGGCAGGAGGCAUCCCAGGUCAUCCGCCUCCACAACUCUGAGUAGACUGACUGGCUCCAGUACUCAUAGCCCAAGUUCACCCCUCAAACUCUCAAAAUUGUCGUCCUCUUCAUCUACUUCCACCGGUGCCUCAGCCAAGAGAAUCAGUCGACUCUCUUCAUCCUCAACCAACCUGAAGAGCUCCUGUCUAAACUCCAGACUAACCACCUCAUUGGGCAACCUACACGUCAUCACCGGAGACUCUGGGAAUCACCCCCGACCCAUGUUUGCAUCCUCGUUUCCAUCAUCUUCUUCGUCCGCCCAUGUCCCCCGUUCCAGGUUUGCCAGCAUCUCGGCUCUGGCUGCGCGCAAUUUUCACUAUGAAGUCAACAACAACAGUGAUCAGUAUAACGCCUCCAAUGCCAAUUCCAAGACCUCGGCACUUACCAACCACAACCACAGCAGCCUGUGUGUGGCCCCCAACACUGGAAGAUCUGGCUUGGAGGAGCCCGUUCAGAAUCCAGUCACAACGGGUCUGAGUCGGCCUUCGGCCCGCUACCUCAGCCGUUCCAUUCCCUCCCUUCAGUCGGAGUGUGUUCGGUAUUAAAGCAGCAACCCUGCACUGAUCCUGAACCUGUCCUCCUGACUCGUCAAUCUUUCUCCAUUUGCUGACAUCCAGCCUGCCAUGUGAGCACAAAAGGAACUAAAGCCAGAGGUGCUGGAACUGGGUCUGUUGAUGCCCUGAAGGAAAAUGAUUAUCGUUUUUUAAAUACUGUAGUUUGGGUCUCUCUCUCUCUUUCUCACAAUUAUAUAUAUAUAUAUAUAUAUAUAUAUAUAUAUAUAUAUAUAUAUAGUAAUGUAAUGUAAAGUGUACAGUAUGUAUUUCUGGUUAAAGGAACUUUGUUUAAAGGUAACUAUUUUGUUAUGACAAAGUAUAAAUCUAUAGCAUUUAAAACCAACAGUAUGAGGGCUAAACUGUGGGAUACAAAUGUAUUUAAUGUAUUAACAACGCUAACCUUUAACAGAUUCAUGUAUGCAGUAUAGUGUUCAGGGAAAAAUACUGGCACAAAUUUGUAAAUGUGGUACUUUCACCCAGUACUUAUUUGUUUUAUUUUACCCAACAACAUAAAAGUCACACAUUGACAUGUUUUUGUACAUUUUCAUUCACUUUUUAUUUCUUUUAUUUUUUUUUAGAAACCAGUUAAUUGGUCAGAUUUAUUUUGGACAUUGAAAUGGACAUAAAGCUUUAAAAAGUAAAUGCAAUAAACAAAACCCAAGUUCUCCAUGCUAGGGAGAUUUUAGGGAUUUCUUCCUGCA